AGUACAGUCAUCUUUCUGAAGAAAUCAUUUAAGAUCUUUGUCUUGUGUUUUGUAGGCUUUACUGGGAUUGACUCUGAGUAUGAAAAACCAGAAGCCCCAGAGCUUGUGCUGAAAACUGAUUCCUGUGAUGUGAAUGAUUGUGUUCAACAAGUCGUGGAACUUCUUCAAGAGAGGGACAUCGUACCAGUAGAUGCCUCGUAUGAGGUGAAAGAGCUUUAUGUGCCAGAAAACAAACUGAAGUUGGCUAAAACUGAUGCUGAAUCUCUGUUAACCUUGGAAAUAAACAAGGUGGAUAUGCAGUGGGUGCAAGUGUUGGCUGAAGGUUGGGCAACACCCCUGAGUGGCUUUAUGAGAGAGAGAGAAUACCUGCAGUGCCUUCACUUUGACUGUCUGCUUGAUGGAGGAGUCAUUAAUCUUUCAGUGCCUAUAGUGCUGACAGCUACACAGGAAGACAAAGAAAGACUGGAUGGCUGUACAGCAAUUGCAUUAGUGUACGAGGGUCGCCGCGUGGCCAUUCUCCGUAAUCCAGAAUUCUACGAGCAUAGGAAAGAGGAACGCUGUGCGAGGCAGUGGGGAACGACAUGCAAGGAUCAUCCUUAUAUAAAGAUGGUUAUGGAGCAAGGGAACUGGCUUGUAGGUGGAGAUCUACAGGUCCUUGAUCGUAUUUAUUGGAAUGAUGGACUUGAUCAGUACCGUCUCACUCCAGCUGAACUAAGACAGAAGUUCAAGGAAAUGAAUGCUGAUGCUGUCUUUGCAUUCCAGUUACGCAACCCAGUGCACAAUGGGCAUGCACUUCUAAUGCAGGAUACACAUAAGCAGCUUUUGGAACGUGGCUACAGGCGUCCAGUUUUGCUGUUGCAUCCACUUGGAGGCUGGACAAAGGAGGAUGACGUCCCUCUCAUGUGGCGCAUGAAACAGCAUGCUGCAGUACUGGAGGAGGGAGUCCUGAAUCCAGAAACAACGGUAGUGGCUAUAUUCCCUUCCCCCAUGAUGUAUGCUGGACCAACGGAGGUUCAAUGGCACUGCAGAUCACGGAUGGUUGCAGGAGCUAACUUCUACAUUGUAGGCCGAGAUCCUGCAGGGAUGCCGCACCCUGGUACUGGGAAAGAUCUGUAUGAACCAACUCAUGGUGCCAAAGUAUUGACAAUGGCCCCAGGCCUCCGAGCACUGGAAAUUGUGCCCUUCAGGGUUGCAGCUUAUAAUAAGAAAAAGAAGUCCAUGGACUACUAUGACUCUGAGCAGUAA